AUGUACAGUCAUCCCAUGUUCGUUUCAGUCCCUCCGCCCCUUGUGGGAGAGAGCUGUCAUUUACGCAUACAGGAUAUUCUGAUCUGCAGCGUGUUUGAUGGUAUCGGCGCCAUCGUUGAUCGAUAUGGUGUUGUGGAUCUCUGGGGUGGGGGAACGGCCCAGAAUAGGGCUUCUGUCCCUCCGAGUCUCCGAAGGAUUGUAAAAAAGAAAAUUCCGAGCGAAUUUUCAGCGAGCCACACCUCGAGGGCGGAUUUGCUGAGUUGCUGCUCCGGUGGGUUCAGGGAAGAGGGUGUUGGUGCCCUUUGA